CAAGUGAAAACAUUGACCCUGACACAAGGAACAUGCAGACUAUGUCCAAACAUGAAAAGCUGACGCUGUGUCUCUGGGCCAACCUCUUCAAAAAUCCAAACUUUAAGGGGCUCGACUUUGAGGAAGCUGGCAUGGGCUUUAGGAUUCCCAUGCACCUGGCCGGGAGCGACAUCGCCGUACGGAUGCUCCACACCCACUAUGACCACCUGUCAACGCUGGCCAGGAUCCGCCAUCCUUCCCAGGAGCAGAUAGCGGAGGAGAAGACGCUGCCCCCCCAGGAGUCAGACGCUAAACAGAGUUCACCCAGCCUGCAGUCAAGAAACAGCAGCCCACAGCAGGGCUCAGAGGAAAGCAGGAGCCAGAUAUUUACACAGAUGGAAGCGCUCAACGGUCACAUGUCCAGCCAGGAUUUUUCUGAUGCUCCAACUACGGAUCCAACUGUUCCUGAAGUUGCGGCGGCAGGAAGCGGAGCCCAGAUUGUAGAUCUGAUGCAGUACACAACGCUGGGUGGAGUUUUCUACUAUGAUCUAUUCCACCUCCCACCACAGCCCAUCAGGGGAAAAGGUUAUACCAUACUGCAGAUUGUGGAUGGCCUGAAGGAGUUCCCAUAUCCAACAGGGAGGCCCAACAAUGAGGCGUGCCCCCCCCUCGGGGUGUCCAUUACCCUUCCUGACUGGGUUGUAAACAUGGAGCCUCCACUUGUGGCUCGCUGGGAUGCUGGAGACGAGCAGUGGAGAUCGGAUGGCAUCACCGACGUCUCCUACGAGGAGGCAGAGGCCAGGAUCUCCUUCAGCAUGGAAACGCUCCAGACCGUUGCGCUGAUGCAGAACACCUACGCCAACCUUCCCUUUCGGGGCUGGGAGCUGCGCCCGCUGGGCCAAAACUCUGCUUUGUUUACCAUCAAGGGCGCCCUCCUUGACUUCAGCAUCACCAUUCAGAACAACCAGUGCAUGCUGGAGAUGGAGCAGCACAGAGGCCUCUCUCACCUGACGGGGAAGUGGAUGAGCGGACCGGAGCUGCAGAAAGCCAUGCUCAAGGCGGGGAUCAACACCUUUGCAAACGAGCACACGCACAAAUACGUCAGCAUCUGCAAGAAGGAAUCGCUGACAGAACAGGCUGCUUACGAGCAGAUGGCCCUGUUUGCAUCUGCUUGUGCGUUCUCCUGGAGCAAGUGGAAUGCCAAAUGUGGAGAUGAGCAUCUGGUCCUUCAGGCGUGUGAGCACCGUGACCCCGCCCCUGUACCUGAGGACUCCUGGAGCAUGUACCUUGUGGGAGCCCAGAGGAGUCGGAGGCUGGAGAUCACCGAGAACAGCGCAGCCUUUUCUCCAGACCAUGCCCCCGGCAGCCAGUUCCACUCCACCUUCAUCCACAUGCUGCAGGAUAACAUGAGCCCCGAUGGAAUAGCCAUGGCCACAAAUUCCCAUUACUUGUUCGUUGACGCCGUGCACAGCCUCCUGCGUGCUACUCGCCCUCUGUUUUUUUCAUAAUUCUGACGUGAGACUAAUGCACUGAUAAAUGCAGGAAGGUUGCGUUUUAUGCUGGGAAGCGUAACAGACUCAGGUUAAAUAAAAGUCGUUUUCAAAAGGCUUCGUUAUAACAGACGAUCCCGCUGUUAGGGACGGAACAAUAUGCUUGGUGAAGAUCGACCGUGAAUAAAUGCUUUGCAUAAACGUGCCGGAGUUUGAAUUUUAUGCAAAAGUCACGGGUCAGAUUUCUUAACUCAUUUGUCACGCUGAUUCCAGGUCAGUAAUUGCCCAAACAAUAACAGCCUUCUUAACUUAACAACAAAUCUAAAUAUUUCAUGUUUUCUCCUGAUUGUUACAGAUAACUGCUCGUAAAGUAAUAAAUGUCUGCUUUCUCCAACAUGAUGUAAAGAGAGCUGGCUAGUAGCAAACUGCAAAUGACA